UGUGUGUUUGGGGGUUUUUUUCUUUUUUUUUUUUUCUUUUUUUUUUUUUUUUUUUGGGUGGAAACCGCCCGUAACUCCGGGGAGGGCUGUGGGGUGGCAGCGGGGAGGCGACCAUGGAAGAGAAGCUCCAGGCGCAUCAGGUGGAGAUCGACCCGGAUUUCGAGCCGCAGAGCCGUCCCCGCUCCUGCACUUGGCCUCUCCCCCACCCCGACUUGGCGGCGGAGGAGGAAGAUGGGGGCGCGGGGGGAACCCCGGCUCUGGCGGCCGGCGGGGACGGAGCCGAGAACGCGGCGGCCCCGGUGGAGCGCAGAAUCGCCGCCGCUCCGCCGCCGCCCCCCGGCGCGGAUGUGGGGCAGCUCCGCAAGGCCAAGACCUCCCGGCGCAACGCCUGGGGCAACCUCUCGUACGCCGACCUCAUCACCAAAGCCAUCGAGAGCUCGCCGGAGAAGCGCCUCACCCUCUCCCAGAUCUACGACUGGAUGGUGCGAUACGUCCCCUACUUUAAGGAUAAAGGAGACAGCAACAGCUCCGCCGGCUGGAAGAACUCCAUCCGGCACAACCUGUCCCUGCACACCCGCUUCAUCCGCGUGCAGAACGAGGGCACCGGCAAGAGCUCCUGGUGGAUGCUGAACCCCGAGGGCGGCAAGACGGGCAAGACGCCGCGGCGGCGGGCGGUGUCCAUGGACAACAACAGCAAGUUCCUGCGCAUCAAGGGCAAGGCCAGCAAGAAGAAGCAGCUGCAGGUGACGCAGGAGCGCGGGGAGGACAGCCCGUCCUCCCAGCAGGCCAAGUGGUCGGAGAGCCCCGCGUCCCACGCCAGCGACGAGUACGACGCCUGGGCGGACUUCCGGACGCGGGCCAACUCCACGGCCAGCACGCUGAGCGGGCGCCUCUCGCCCAUCAUGGCCAACCACGAGCCGGACGAGCUGGAGGAGGACGACGGUACGCCCUCGUCCCCGCUGAUGUACCCCAGCCCCUCCAGCACCAUGUCUCCUUCCCUCAGCGCCCGCUGCUCCGUGGAGCUGCCCCGGCUGACCGACCUGACCGGCACCAUCAGCCUGAACGAGAGCCUGGGGGAGAGCAUGCUGGAGGACCUGCAGGACGGCUACAGCAUGAGCCCCUCCCAGCAGCUCCCCCCGGCCGCCCUGCGGCAGCGGAGCUCCAGUUUCACCUUCAACUCCAAGUGCUCCAGCAUGGGGGCCGCCUCCAACACCUACUGCGGGACCAUCUACAGCCAGCCGGCCAUGAGCCUCAUGCGGCGCCUGCCCAUGCAGACCAUCCAGGAGAACAAGCAGGCCACCUUCUCGCCCGUCAGCUCCUACAGGAACGCCUCGCUGCAGGACCUGCUCUCCUCCAUCUCCUACGCGCACAAGGAGAGCAUGGUCCCGGGGGACCUGCCCCUGCCGCAGGCCGGCCCCGUGGUGCCGGCCCGCGGCCACAGACACAACCCGCUGCUGUGCGGGGGCGGGGAGCAGGGCUUGUCCUCCUACCCGCCCCACCCGGGCUCUCUCAUGAAGAGCAACGCGUUGUACCACCCGUCACCGGCCGGUCACCACCCCGCGGUCAACACCAGUGCCUUAGCCAAUCCUGUCAGCCUUAUGAGCCUGCCCAGUGACUCGUGCAGCAUGACGGCCGUGCCGCACCACGGGCACCUGCAUCCCUACGCCAAUAACCAAGGGGCACACAUGAGCUUGCUGGAUUCGCUGCAGGGCCCCUACCCGGGGGCCGUCCACCCCCCCGUGUUGGGCCAAGACAGGUUCCCAGCAGACCUGGACCUGGACAUGUUCAACGGGAGCCUGGAGUGCGACGUGGAGUCGAUCAUCCUGAAUGACUUUAUGGACAGCGACGAGAUGGACUUCAACUUCGACUCGGCCCUCCCGCCGCAGAACGGGCUCAACGUGCCCGCGCUGCCCGGGGGGCCGCAGCCCACGAACCAGAGCUGGGUGCCUGGGUGACGCCCGCCCCGGCGCGGGCUCACCGCCGGGAAGCCGCGAGGGGAACAUUGAGACUAACUCUUUUUUUUUUUUCCUUUCUCUUCUGCCUUUGUUUGUUAAGAUGGGCCAGAGCCGUCAGUCUGAGCUUGAGGUCGAACGCGAAACGCAAACCGGAGGGUCAAAUAUUGAGAUGGGGGAGGACCCCGCGGCCCCACGCGUGCCCGGCCUGCAGGUCCUGCCAGCAUCCUCUGGAGGACACAGGGCAGUGGGUGGGAGAGGCAGCCGGAGCCAGGUUGAUCCAGGGGGGAAGCAGGCAGGGAAAGCCUUUGCAGAGGGUCCCAGCGCCCCACGGCAAUGGUGCCGGUUUGAUUUGCCCUUGGGCUGGGUGACAGAGUGGUGACGGCUGGUGGUGUGGGGUGUGGGACCCCCCCGGCAUGGGCAUCCCCCUGGGAAGGGACUCUUCUCGGAGCCACCUUGGGAAAUGAGUCCUCUGGGUAGAAGUGUCAGGAGUGGGGACCCUGCCCCAGGGCACUGGGGGGGGCUCAGGACCCCUCAGUCCUGGUGGAGAGCAGAGCUCUGCCGAGCCCACACCCCCAGGCGGCUGCAGCUGUUGGCUCCAGGCAGGUUUUCUUACGGAGCAGUGAGGAGGGGGUGGUGAUGGUGUGCAGCCAGCAGCCCUGGCAGCCCCUGGGGGCUGAGGGUGCCGCGGGAAGGCUGCAGCCCCUGCCCGGAGCAGGCUGGGCACGCUCCAGGGGGGUCCUGCUGGGACUGAGGGUCCCCUGAGCUGGAGGCUCAGGGGCAGCUCGCAGGGGCGGGGAGGGAGGCGUAUUUAUUUGGUUUCAUGCACUCUUUUGCCAUUGAGUUUUUGCGUUGGAAGGAAGAGAGGGUUGAGUUUAGGGAGAGGAGAGGAGAGAGAGGCCAUGGGCUGCGCUGGUGGCUGUGUCCCAUCACGUGGCUCAUGGGGGGUGUUGGAUGAUGGGGUGAAAGCUGUGGGGCUGCAAUGUGGGUCGUCCUCGAGGAGGAGCCGUGUGUGUGAGGAGGGGAGGGAUGAGGUGGCCAGGCAGCGUGGGGUCCAUCCUGCUCCAAGCUUGGGUGACCCACAUUGCUCAGGGAGGUGCCACAGGGCCCCCAGCCAGGGCCGCGGGGCUCCUGGGGGGUCAGUGCCACCAUCCCAGUGUCUCACUGCCCACCCCUGGGGUGCCAGGAGAGCCCAUCCGGGAGCUGUCAGCAAGAGGGGUGCACCCACCUGCCAGGGGCUGGGGCUCCAUGGGGAUGGGGACCGCGAUUCACACGUGGAAAUGCUGUGUGUCAGGACCCCAAGCUGACCCCACUGCUCCGUGGGGCGGGAGUGGGCCCGGGAUGUCCCGGCCAUCCCAGGAGCAGCAGGGCUUUGGCAGGGUUGAGGCUGGCGGCCAGCGGGUGCAACUGCUCUGGAGAGGAUGGAGGGGCUGGCAGGGAGUGGUGGGAGCUGCUGCUCUGCCCCGUGGUGCCUCUGCUCAGCCAUUCUUCCCCCUGGGCACCACGGGCUCUCUCUGCCCCCCCAGGCACUGAACCAGCACAUUUUCCCAGCCCAGCUCUUCCCUUCUUGCCCCAGCACCAGCUCCUCUGCCACGGAGCAGGCGCUGGGUCCCAGCCAGCCGCAGGGACAGGGGGACCCGCGGGUGGCACCUCCUGCUCCUGUCCUGACCCCCACGGCUGUGGCGGAGUGUGACAGAGGAGCCCCGUGUGCCACCGCUCACCUUCACCCAGGGCACAUGGCAGGCACGGUCUCUAAAGACAUUCUUACAAGUUAAUUAAUUAUGUUUACAUUAUUUGAUCAUGUACAGAAUUUAAUAUAUUCUAUUAUAUAUAAUCUUUCUCGAAUGCUUUUUUAAAAAGGAUUAUUCUUUGGCCAGGAUCAUUACCGCAUUCCUUUCGUACGCCACCUCUCGUUUCAGGCAUCUUUCAAACCCUUGGAAACCGAUUGCAAGUGGCUAUUUAACCCCCGACCCCCCAGUUCAGCACGUGGGCCUGAGGGACCCAGAGGCAGGAGGGCAGCUCUGGCUGCCCUGGAGGAAAUGGGAGCCUCUGCCCCCCAGGAACGGGGGAAAGGGAAGGAGCCCUGGCACUUCCAGGCAUCUCCAGGCACAGAUCCAGCAGCACACCAGCAUGCCGGGCAGCAGCCGGGCGUUAGGAGAUGGGAUUCUCCCGCGCGGGGGUCACAGACACGGGGCUGAGCGUCCCCUGGCACCCCAGCAGCAGGAGGAAAACGUCCCCUUGUCCCACGGCCGCCCUGCCGCCCCCGCGGCCCUGCCCCGCCGCGUGGGCACGGCCCCUCGCCAAGCUGUCGUCGUGGUUCGUGACCGUGGGGUUGUCGUGUGUGCGGUGCAGUCGUGUUGGUAACGUCGUGUGUUCAGUGGUCGUGCGGGGCGAGGCGCGGCGGGCACGGACGCCCCCAGA